UUAGAAGUAGCUCGGCCGUCGAAGAGGAAGAGGGUAGUUACGGAUCCGAACGAGCAGUUCGCUAUGAUGAAACAGAUCCACCAGGCCCAGGUUAAAGCCGGCCGUGUAGAGGACCCUGUAGCUGAAGAAAGCGGCUCAGAAAGUGUAGAUUCAAUGGCUUCCUAUAUUGUAGUGGGUUGA